AUGUCUCGAUUCUUCUCGGCUUUUCUUGCCGUGCUCGCUACCAGCAAAGUCUACGCUUCUGUAGAUGUUGUAUCUGGAGCAACAUGGACUGCCACUAACACUGGUGAACAUGUACAAGCUCAUGGUCAUGGCUUGAUCGAAGUCGACGGUACUUACUACAUGAUCGGCGAGGACAAGACAGACGGAACGUACUUCCAAAACGUCAAUUGUUAUUCCUCUACCGACCUAGUGGAAUGGACAUACCGAGGUGCUCUGCUGUCCCGCACUACUGAGGCAGGUGAUCUUGGACCCAACCGCAUUGUUGAAAGGCCAAAGGUGAUCUACAAUGACGACACACGCAAGUAUGUCUUGUACCUUCACAUCGAUAGCUCGGACUAUAAGGAGGCCAAGGUUGGUGUCGCUACUGGUGAUACUGUCUGCGGAAAGUAUACCUACCACCGAAGCUUCAGGCCUCUUGGCAAGCAGAGUCGGGAUAUGGGUCUUUUCAAGGAUGAUGAUGGAUCUGCAUAUCUUAUGACCGAGGACCGCGAAUAUGGAACACGGAUUAUGUCCUUGUCAGAUGACUAUCUCAAUGUUACCGACAUCACUUACGAAUGGAAAUACUUUGCCGAAUCUCCAGCUAUGCUCAAGCAGAAUGGUUACUACUUCAUCUUUGGUUCUCAUUUGACAGGGUGGAAUGCCAACGACAACGUUUACAGCUACGCCAAAUCUCUGUCUGGGCCAUGGUCGGAGUGGACUGAGUUUGCACCCAUCGGAUCAAAGACCUUCAGCAGCCAGGUCAGCUACAUCCAGCCAUUGGGUACCAAUAACGCUAUUUAUAUCGGCGAUCGCUGGGUUUCCACAAACCUUGCUGCCAGUACCUACGUCUGGCUUCCUCUCAAGGUUGACGGUACCAAAGUCACACUCGAGUGGCACGAUUCCUGGACACCCAAUGUCGCAAAGGGAACCUGGUCUGAUACCAAGUCCACAAGCCAGGAGGGUGAAGGUGCCGUGUUAGCUAAUGGAGCUCGAGUCAUCUCUUGCAACGAGUGCAGUGGCGAUAAAGCCGUUGGGUAUAUCGGUGGAGAUCAGAAGGGAACUGUAACCUUCAAGGGUAUUAAGAGCUCUGGUGGUCUCAGCACAAUCAACAUCAAGUACCGCAACGGCGACGUCGGAUCUCGAUUCGCUACUGUUUCCGUCAACGGAGAGUCUCAGAAGCUUGCCUUCUUGUCGACCAGGCAUCUCUCCGAGACUGGACUUAGCCGAGGGUUCUUCCAUCUCGAUGAGGGUUCAGACAACACAAUCACUGUUUCCAAUGGUGAUGGCUGGGCUCCAGACGUUGAUGCACUACUAUCCCCAGCUUAA